AUGGAUAGCCGUUGUCGAGCCCGUUGGAUGGUACUCGACCCGCACACGUGCGUUUCAUUAAAGGCCGCUUUCGUAUCUCGUUUUCUGCCCCGGCGCCGAGCGCCUGACACCCGCCCUUCAUUUAAUUCAUUUGAUCCGGCCGGCCGACCCACCCGCUCGCCUGCUCUAUCGCCCGGUUGGGAGGCGCUCGGCUCAGAGCUCGUUGCGGAGCCCGAUUUGAUGGGCUUCUGGAGGCCCGUGUGUUACUUUGCCGGUUUCGUCGUAUCAAGGCGUGUCAAAACAGAAAUUGAUAAAAAAGCUUUCCUGAUAAAGAAGUGUGUCGUGCUAACAAGGAAAACCCAUUGGUCGUUCAGUUACACUUUUCCAUAUAUGCAUUAA